AUGCAGAAUCAAUGCAGAGAAAUCAAAAAGUGAACAAAAAAGACAGACAAAAAAAAAUUUUCUGCCGAGUUAGGCGGCCUUUUUCAAAAUUAAUAUUUUAGUGUGUCAAUUUGGAUGAACGGUAACUUUUUUUUGGGGGUGAAAGUUUAGGAUGUUUUCUUAUGGAAUUGUAGCAAAUUGCUUCAGCUUUCAAAUGGUACUUCGAUUUUUAUCAUAUCGUCGCUUUACGUGGAGGUACGCUUCAAAAACUGAAAUUAAGGAUUUUUUAAUUUAGAUGAAUUCGAAUAGAUUUUCACAAUCAUGCUACGCGCGAGUCUCCGCAUCAGCGGAGAGGAGAGAGGAGAAGAAACGAAGACGACAGGAAAUGGCCCAGUUGUUGGUCGAGAGAAAAAGACUCAAAACUCUGGAAGAUAAUGGCAAUGUUAAAGUACCCCAGGACGACCAAAAAUUCGAAGUUUCCUCUGGAUCGGUAAGAUUAAACGUGGGAUUUUCUUCAUUUUAGGAUCGUUUAUGCUUUCAAGCAUGGGCUUUCAGAAUCCGCAAAAAUUUCGAAAAUCGGACAUUUAAUUUUCGAGAAAAUUUCGAUUUAAUUUUUUUGCCGGAGGGGGGUUUUUUUGAAAAACUUGAUUUUAAUUGGUUUUAUGGUUUCAGAAUGUCCUUGAAAACGUCACCAACAGAACUCCGAUGAGAACAUCAAACUCUAGGACACGAGGCCACGUUUUUUCCCAGAAAGACAACGACGAAAACUCGGAUAUUACAGUACCCCAGGAUGAAGAAAACUUUGGUGUUUCCUCUGGAUCGGUAAGAUUAAACGUGGGAUUUUCUUCAUUUUAGGAUCGUUUAUGCUUUCAAGCAUGGGCUUUCAGAAUCCGUCAAAAUUUCGAAAAUCGGACAUUUAAUUUUCGAGAAAAUUUCGAUUUAAUUUUGUGCCCGGUGGGGUUAUUUUUGAAUACCUUGACUUUUAUACGUUUUUUGGUUUUAGAACGUUCUUGGAAACAAACCCCAUCACGAAUACGUACUGCAGGUCCCAAAAUCGACAGGAAGGGGCAGCCACCGCCAGAGCCCCAGGACAAAAAUUGGGGAAUUUACAAUAAAAAUUAAAUAA